GCAGGAGAAGAGCAAGCACCAUGCUGGGAGAACAUGUCGGAACAGUCGGCACGACGCUUCUUCUCGUCGGGGGGUUCGUGGCCAAGGCGGGUGCCGCAGGCUCUGUUGACCCGAUGAUGCACAUGAUGCGAAACUUGUUCACCACCACCUACACCGAUGGAGAUGCCUGUCCCGCGGAAGAUGCAGCCUGCGUUGCGUCUGCCAGUUGCCUGGCUUGCAACGACGCCUACAUGGCUGCUUUUUCAGGUUGCGCGGCUUCGUUGACCAGCACUUUCACGUGCGAUGACCUUGCCGAAGCCAUGUGCUGUGCGGCGGAAGGCUGCGAGGACAACGAGGAAUUUGCCGACAUCAUGGGCUGCAUUAAUGGGGACCUUGGUUGCGGAGUCAUCGACAUUGGUGAUUGUGCAGGAGGCGGCAGCACGGCUAUUUCCGGCUCCGACACCACGACGGACUCCACAUCCACAACCGAAACAGACUGCCCCACUGAAAUCUCGGCUUGUAACGCGGAUUCGGAGUGCGUGACGUGCACCCAAUCGUAUGUUGACGCCGUAGAGGGAUGCUUUGAAUCAGCGACUGGCUCCACGUGCGACGAUGUUGAAGAAGCUGUUUGCUGUGCGGUGGAUGGUUGUGAGGACAACGAAGCGCUCAACGAUCUCUUAGCCUGCAUCAAUGCGGAAUCUACAUGCUCCAUCGAUAUUGGAGAUUGCGCAGCGGACGGCAGCAGGGCCAUUUCCGGCUCCGGCACCACCACCUACACCGAUGGUACCGCCAGCGAUACUACCACCGAAACCGAUGGUACCGCCAGCGAUACUACCACCGACACCGAUGGUUCCGCCAGCGAUACUACCACCGAUACCGAUGGUACCGCCAGCGAUACUACCACCGACACCGAUGGUUCCGCCAGCGAUACUACCACCGAUACCGAUGGUACCGCCAGCGAUACUACCACCGACACCGAUGGUUCCGCCAGCGAUACUACCACCGAUACCGAUGGUACCGCCAGCGAUACUACCACCGACACCGAUGGUUCCGCCAGCGAUACUACCACCGAUACCGAUGGUACCGCCAGCGAUACUACCACCGACACCGAUGGUUCCGCCAGCGAUACUACCACCGAUACCGAUGGUACCGCCAGCGAUACUACCACCGACACCGAUGGUACCGCCAGCGAUACUACCACCGAUACCGAUGGUACCGCCAGCCAUACUACCACCGACACCGAUGGUACCGCCAGCGAUACUACCACCGACACCAAUGGUGCCGCCGCUGACGACAGCGACGACACAAGCGACACCAUCCCUUUCCCCGUUGGAGGCGACGAGGAAGAUGAAGAAGACUCUGAUGCAGACGCGGACGCGGCCAACAACGUGUUUUCCGCCGCUUCCGCUGCGGCAAUGGGAAGUUCCACGGCUGUCUGGCUGAUUGCCGCCGCUGCACCCGGCCUCUGGCGCCGGUUCCAGUAACCCAAGCCUACCACUUUCUCCAACGUGGCGGGAUGUAGUUGUAGACAAUUCGAAACAUUCGUCCUUGUUCCGUCGUAGCAGUACAGCAGAAGAAGGUAGUGUGAGGAUCUCUGUGUACAGUAGUGCUGUACAUAAAAACGAUCUCAUUUUAUAUACGCGACACGUUCAGUCCAUCGCCGCUGUUCCUGUGGGCAGUUUUAUCCACCACAUGCGUUCAGACACAAGCAAAUUUUCGAUUUUGAAAAGGGUGCUCCCAAGUCGUAUGCUUCCUUGUAGUCAUCAAGAACAUAAUGUUCAGGUCCGCCGAGAACGCGUAUGCAUACAAAAGUAGUCUAGGUGUCACGAAACACGGAGAAAUUGAGCCUUGAUAUCUCUACCCAAACCAUCGAUGUGUCUUAUCUCCGGACCCUGCCUACACUGUUACUGCUACACAGCAGUAGUCGUGCUGCUGCGCUGUGUCAUGGCCGUAGUAGUUGCUGCUUCACAGCAGCAGUGUGCUACACACCGCGAGAAGUUUCUGCUGCGUUCUUACCCGCGUAAGAAAGUUCGACUAAAAUUUUCGUGUGAUGCGGUUACUACGUGGUUGGACAUGGUCGCCAGCAAGGCGAGAGAAUUAUCCCCCAGGAACAAGUUGUCGUGCAACAUCAGACAUUUUUUUCUUGUAUCAAAUCCA